AAAAAACGAACUCAAAUUACAUGCGCACGCGUAAGCUCGCCUAACUUACGAAAUUUGAACCAAAUUCGGCACCAAAAAGCCUCAUUUACGGCGCCACGUUAUCGACCAGAUCGCGGCAAUUCCAGGUAAGAGGGGGAAGAGGGAGAUCCAAAUGGUGAUUGAGACUUGGCUUUGAUUUCCAGAGCCUUAAGAGUGGGAAGCAAAAACAGAGAGGAUUGGACAGACAAAAACAAGAAUCGUACAGAUCUGCUUGCCGCCGGACGUCAAAAGAUACUUGGCCGAUUGCCAAUAUGCAGGACCCUUUGGACGGCGAUGCAAUAGUUGAAGUUUGCAGUUUAAUCUGGCAUUGCCUGCAAGAUUUGAGAACUGAAAUUACUGCACUAAAAGAAAAGUUGAUUGUGCAGUCAAAAUCAUUACAAGAUGGAAUGUAUUCGGGGUCUUAUAUAGAGAACAAAUUCUAUGAAAGAGUCAUUUGAAGCUAUGAAGAAAACAUUAUACAUAUAGAAUCAGCUGGGAAAGAGAAAGACAUGGAGAUUGUUGUGUUGAGAAGAAAAAUUGCCUUGCUUUAUGAAGCAUGUACUAAUUCAGUCUUGGAGAUUGAAAAUCAAAAAGCUGAGUUGUUAGGAAAUAAUUUGGCUGCUGCAGAUCUGGUGACUAACAUGAAGCCUAUAAUAUCAGGUGAUGGAGUACUUUCUUUUAGUGGACAAAGUAGUGUUGCCACUGAGGAAAAUAUCAAGACCAUGGCAGAAAAACUUUUUUCAGCAGUGAAAUUUUUUUCGAGUGUGAAAGCUGAAAUUAUUGAAGGAAGCCAAAGGGAAAUGAAAAUAACCAUAGCAAAUUUGCAGAAAGAGCUUCAGGAGAAGGAUAUCCAGAAAGAUCGGAUAUGCAUGGAGCUUGUUGAUCAAAUCAAGUUAGCUGAAGCGUCUGCCACGAAUUACACACACGAGAUCUUCAAUCUUCAAAAACCCUGGUGUAUGAUUUGGAGAAAGAACUGGAAGUAAUGAGGGAAGAACAGACUUCACUGCAGCAGAGAGUAAAAGAACUGCAAGAUGUGCAAGCCAAUACAGUGGAAUUGCAGGAUAGAGUCAAAUCACUGACAGAUGUAUUAUCAUCGAAAGACCAAGAAAUUGAAGUCCUUAUGCAAGCACUUGAUGAGGAGGAGUUCCAAAUGGAAGAGUUGACAAAAAAGAUCGAGGAACUGGAAAAAGUACUACAGCAGAAGAACACAGAUUUAGAGAACCUUGAAGCUUCUCGGGGAAAGGCUGUGAAAAAGCUUUCCGUUACAGUGAGCAAGUUUGAUGAGCUUCGUGCUCUAUCAGAAAGUCUUAUUACCCAGGUUGAACAGCUGCAAUCACAACUACAGGAUCUGGAUGCUGAGGUUUCCUUCUUAAGACAAGAGGUCACGAGAUGCACCAAUGAUGUUCUUGCUGCAUCACAAAUAAGCAAUAAAGAAAGCUCAGAUGAGAUAAAUGAGUUUUUGAUUUGGUUUGAAUCAAUUGUUCCCCGUGUCGGUUUUCCUGAUCUUCAUUUUGAUACGAAGAAUAGUCAGGUGCCUGAUUACAAGGAAAUAAUACAUACAGGGAUUAGGUCUAUUGAACUAGAAGACCUCGGGGGGUUGCUAAAAAUAGGGAUGAAUUGUUGCAAGCAGAAAGGAGUAAAGUGGAGGAGUCGACGCACAGAGAAGAAACCCUAAGGAAGACUUUGCAUGAGAAGGAAUCCCAGUUAAAUUUGCUUGAAGGUUUGGGAGCUGUGGGUCAGGCAGCCAGUUUGAAGUCUGAAAUCGUGGAGGUUGAACAUGUG